CGACUCCAAACUCGACUCGACUUGAGUGGAGUACGGACGCGCGACUCCACUCGAAGUGCCAUUCGUAUUCACAGACGCGAAUCGGCACUCACUCGAACUCGAGAUUCCGUUCUCCACUCCAACAAGCUUGAGGACGUCUGGGAGCGAGAUUAUAGCCAAAGGUUUUAUUUAAAACACCAUUUUUACGUGAAAAGUAAAUAUAUUCGUUCGUGUUAUCUAAAAACGUGUACCAUACAAACAUCGAAUUAGUGAACUACGAAGUUUUAUUAAGGCAGCGUAAAGUUUAGACGUGUUUGAGCGGCAAAACGGACAAAGUCGUUACCUUGUCUGGCAACAAGCGCAUUCGCUAGCUGCGUGUGUCGUUCUCUCGUCGACAGUCGUCUAUCUCACGGUUUGUCGAUUUCGUCUCGUUUUUUCUUGCUUUCGCCGCCCUUUGUCUACCGUGCAGCCCUGCUUCGUCGCCUCGCCGCCUCGCCGCCUCGCACGACAAAUCAUGGAGGACCCCAACGGCAACGACUCAGAAAUGGCCGAUACCGAAGAGCGGGCAGGGGCUCGUUUUAUUUAUACUGCGGAGGAGAAGGCGCUCCUCCAAGCGCUCGUAACGAAACAUGCGCGAGUUCUUGAAAACAAGAAGACAAAUAACUACUCGAAGGAGGCUAAACUUAAAGCUUGGGAGAAACUCAGCACCGAGUAUAACAGCCAGCCAAACGUCCGCCCACGAAGCGCUAAGCAACUCAAGAAGCGUUGGGAGAACGAAAAAUCCAGAUACAAAAAAACCAAGUCCGACGAGACGAGAGACAUCCACGCCGCGGGAGGUGGGCCACGAACAAGCCGGCCGAUGAGCCCCUCACUCAUUCUUGUGGGAGCGGCGGCAGACCACAUGGAGACAGUGGUGACAAAUCUCUGCGACAGCGACAGGGCAAGAGACCGGCCAGUGCUGUCGCUGCCUCCGGCUGCAAUGUUUGAAGCAAUGGUGCGAGGCACUGAAGGCAAUGACAAUCACGCCUGCUGGAACGACGUGCCAGAUGCUCCUGAUCCGUCCGCCUCACCUCUCCAAGACAGCAGCGUUGGAGCUGCUUGUGUGACUCCGCCGGCAAGGAGCAUUACCUGCCCCCGUGCUGAGCUGCCAAGCGGGGCAUCCAGAAGAACUGGAAACCGCAUCGCAGCACUGGAGCGGAUCAUGGCUCCCGAAAAAGAGGCCCGUGUAGACAUCCUCGAGAGGGAAGAUCGGCGGAAGGAGGCGCAACAUUUAAUGCAAAUGCGCAUACUCCGCAACAAGCUUUUUGAGCAGCGACGACGCGGACGGGCAGAGUUCCAGCUGCUCCAGCUGGAGAGAGAGAUAAAGGUGGAGCAGCUGGCAGCCCUGCGCUGCAAGCUACAAGGGUGUGGAAAUCACAAUUAAAUUUGGGUUCUUUCAGUUUAAAAGCAUUCCGAGGAUUUACUUAUUUAUUUUAUGUGCGCUACAUUGUAGUGAAACGAUAGAACCUAAUGUGUUUUGCAUAUUCGGAAGUUGAAUGAAACAGCACACUACAAUUGAAGGGAAGGGUAGGUCUUUCGUUAGCUCUGUGCUGGCCACAAGUCUUUCCCAGAAUAUGUUAGAUUGACCAAAUACGCGGAAUUGGAUUUGAAAAUCAAUUUAUUCGAGCGCUUACUACUGAAUUCGUGUCCAAGUAUUUGCACGAGUCA